AUGAAUCGAGCUUCCCUCCUCCUCCUCCUCCUCCUCACCAUCGCCCUCUGUAAAUUCUUCGAUCUGAGCUUGGCUGAAACUCCCGAUGAGCUCAAUUUAGCAGCCGAAUCGCGGAUGAUUUUCCCGCUCAGCUACUCUUCCCUUCCCAGACGAGUCGAGGAUUUUCGCCGCCGCCGUCUCCAUCAAUCUCAGCUCCCCAACGCUCACAUGAAGCUCUACGACGAUCUCCUCGCCAACGGCUACUAUACAACACGAUUAUAUAUAGGAACACCACCACAGGAAUUCGCUUUGAUUGUAGAUACUGGAAGCACUGUCACUUACGUUCCUUGCUCCACUUGCAAACAGUGUGGGAAGCAUCAGGAUCCAAAGUUUCAACCAGAGUUAUCUAGUAGCUACGAGGCAUUGAAAUGCAAUCCUGACUGUAACUGUGAUGACGAUGGGAAGCUGUGUGUGUACGAAAGACGGUACGCUGAGAUGAGCUCGAGUAGUGGGGUACUGAGUGAGGAUUUGAUAUCUUUUGGCAAUGAGAGCCAGCUUUCUCCGCAGCGAGCUGUUUUCGGAUGCGAGAACGCGGAGACAGGGGAUCUUUUCAGCCAGCGAGCUGAUGGUAUAAUGGGAUUGGGUCGUGGGAAGCUCAGUGUUGUGGAUCAGCUUGUUGACAAGGGUGUUAUCGAGGACUCUUUUUCCUUGUGUUAUGGAGGAAUGGAAGUUGGUGGUGGUGCAAUGGUGCUUGGUAAAAUCUCUCCUCCGGAUGGUAUGGUGUUUGCUCGUUCGGAUCCUUUCCGCAGUCCGUACUAUAACAUUGACCUGAAACAAAUGCAUGUUGCUGGCAAGUCUCUGAAGCUAAACCCAAAGAUCUUUAACGAAAAGCAUGGAACGGUGUUGGAUAGUGGAACAACAUAUGCUUAUUUUCCGAAACAAGCGUUUAUUGCCAUCAAAGAUGCGGUCAUUAAGGAAAUUCCAUCUCUUAAACGGAUCCAUGGUCCAGAUCCAAAUUAUGAUGAUAUAUGUUUCUCCGGUGCUGGAAGGGAUGUGGCUGAGGUGCACAAUUAUUUUCCCGAGAUAGCUAUGGAAUUCGGCAAUGGUCAGAAACUGAUCCUAUCUCCAGAGAACUACUUAUUCAGGCACACUAAGGUCCGAGGCGCGUACUGCCUUGGAAUAUUUCCUGAUAGAGACUCAACAACACUCCUUGGAGGAAUUGUUGUCCGCAAUACGCUAGUCACUUAUGACCGUGAAAAUGACAAGCUCGGUUUUUUAAAGACCAACUGUUCUGAUCUGUGGAGGAGGCUGGCUGCACCAGGCUCUCCUGCACCUACUUCACCAGUUGAUCAAAAUACAAGUUCUCAUAUUUCUCCGAGCCCGGCUUCGAGCGCGUCUCCUACUGCUGAUCUUCCAGGUGUUUUCCAGAUUGGAAGUAUCACUUUCGAUGUGUCGAUCAGUGUGAAUAAUUCUUCGUUGAAGCCAAACUUCACAGAGAUUGCUGAUUUCAUCGCCCAUGAGUUAGACAUUCAAAGUUCACAGGUUCGCUUGCUGAACAUCUCUUCCAGCGGAAAUGAGUAUCGCCUGAAAUGGGGAAUCUAUCCUCCACAAUCUUCGGAGUACAUUUCCAAUAAAAUGGCAUCGAACAUAAUGUUGCUUCUGAAGGAAAACCGAUUGCGCCUACCUGGUCAAUUCGGAAGCUACAAGUUACUAGAAUGGAAAGCUGAGCAUAAACAGAAGCAGAGCUGGUGGGAGAAGCAUAUAGUCGGCGUGGUGGCGGGAGUGAUGAUCUCGUUGCUGGUUACUUCGGUGAUGGUCAAACUUGUGAUGGUGUGGAGACGGAGAAAGCAAGAAGAAGCUACUUAUGAGCCUGUAAGUGCCGCUGUUAAAGAACAAGAACUUCAGCCUCUUUCUUCUGAAACUGAAACAUCUAAUGCUUGA